AGCAAGUGUGUGUUUGUUCUGAUGAGGGGAGCAGCAUUGCUAUGGGAGGCACACAGCAGCAGGUUGAAGACAAGAGAAGACGAACUACAGCAACACUUGGAUGACCUCAGAGAGUCACAGCAGCAUUACAUACAGAAGAAGAAGGUGCGUCUGGAUGUCCUGCUGGGUGUACUACGUCAGGAGGGCAAUGAAGACUCUUUGAAGGCGUCUCUUGCCAAAGCUGUCUUCUACCUGAAGGAAGUCCAAGAGAGCUGCAGAGACUGGGUCUCAGAUCAGUGUCAGCUGUUGGAUCGUCUCCCUUCUCUCCUCCUGGAGGAGCUAUACUCCUAUAGCUCCAGCCUCAGCUUAUUCUACCACCUCAACCACACCUACAGACCGAGUCCAGAAGAGCUGCACGAACUCCACCCAUCAUUAACCAACCCAGCUGAAUAUAGUCAGGGUGCUGAAAUACAAAAACCAAAUGAGAUGAUAAAGAAUCGUCCAAUCAGCUGUCAGAUUGACACAGAUCCUGACCAGUCGUCUCAGUAUAUGCUGCCAGAGGAUGAGUCCUGUCUGGAGGAUCUCUGUGACAUGAGCAAUGUUGUCACAUUUGCAUCAUCAAGGGGUGUAUCCUAUAGUGGACCCACCUUCAUAUGUCCCGCCCCUGAUCUUUCAGAAUACCUGCAGCAGGAAACACACCUGCCCAUGUUUCCUGUAGAGCUACUCACACACACACUUCACAGGAUGCGGAUUCUCUUCUUGGAAAACCUGGAGCAGCAUUUUCAUGAUGUCCUAAGCUCAGCAUUACCAUGGUUACACACAGGAAGGAGGUGUUGCAUUGUGAGCAGGAGUUCCAACUGCAGCAGCUGAAUUGCCAACAUAUCCAGACCCACAUAUACCAACCACGCCUGGCUGAGCUGCAGCUACACAGACACAUGUGGAUGUUCACUGUGAGGAGGUGUCUGACAUGUUGGCCUCCUGCAGGAUGGAGCUGCAUGACCUGCAAACUUCCAUUAACAGGAAGAACAAGGAGUUCACUACCACAGUGUCCAACAUGGAGGACGACAUCAUGACAGCUGAGAGCAGCCAACGUCUGGAUGCUGUGAGCUCUGCCCUGCAGGACUGUCUGGAUCAACAUAUUAAAGACACCCAGCACUGUCAGACCACAUUCAGAAAGACUGUUGAGAUAAGACUGGAGGAGGUCAGGCAAAAAAUAACACAACUACUCAACUCUUUCAGGUUGUUCAGUGAGGGAGGUGAUUUUGCUCCUGAAGAGGUGAAGUUGUUUCAGCAGAGACUGACGGGGGAAACCAAAAAGAUUACUUUGGCUGAGGAGUCCAUCCACUCUGAACUGGAGGGGUUUGAGUCCAAGAGUUUACUACAGGUAAAGGAUGUGUCUGGUCGUUUUGAGGAGAUACUCUCCCUCCUGAAGUCUGAGGUGAUGUUCAUGGAGAAGAUCAAGAAAAUUAUCAGCAGCACACAAGUUAACAUCAAGGCAGAGGCAGCCAGCAGUAACCAGCAGCAAGCAGCCAUACUCAGCAGGAUGGAAGAUCUGAGGAGGAUGGUGGAGAACACACAGCAGGUGUCUCCAGAUAAGGUGUGUUCGUUCCUGUCAUCAGUCAGUGAAGAAUUCAGGAAGCGCUGUCAGUACCUGGACUUUUCACUGGAUCACACCUGGGAGAGUCUCCCAACUCGGCCCAAGUCCACGAAGCAGGUUUGCUCAGCCCAACCUUCUGGUUUACUGCAGCCGAGCAGGAAAGCUGUUGACAUUCUCAAUGACCCUGUUGUAGGCAUCAUCAAAUCCUUAAAUAGGUUGUAUAUAAAUCAGGAUCUUCCAGCAGAAGCAGCAGAGAGAGAGGAGGGAGGAAGAGCAGCUUCUGGUCAGAGUUCUGUCCAACGUCUACAACAGAAAUGUACUGGGUCCGUUAGCAACCUAAGUGUGGGGAGAGGCUGCAGGCCCAUCAGGUCUGACAGGAGGCUUCAGGUUUUUGGACCAAAACCAGAUCCAGAACAGACCACACACUCUUUCAGCUCUGCAGUUAACUCUGUGCUAUGGAAAGCCAACAAUGUCAUCCUGCUGGUUGCUGAGGACUUCUACCAGAGCAAGCGGGGCAGCAGAUUUCUCCUGGUUCCUGAAAGUUUUGAUCAAUGGGCUGAGAGUAUGCAGCAGAGGCUGCUGGGAUACCAGGAACAGGCCAGGAAGCUUAUCAGCACAAGCAGAGAGGAGUUGGUGAACCAGCUCUCUAUGUUGGAAGAGAUUCUCAAUUUGUUAUCCAACGUUUUGAUCAGCAACCAUGUGCAACAGCACGAGGCAGGGCUUAGAAACGAAGUGGGAAGAGUCAGAAUAAAGCUGGAGCAGACCCUGUUAGCCAGUGAAAAGGAAAAGCGUGAAAACGUCCGUCACCUGAGAGUUUCUCUGAGAGACGAUGAGCUUCAGACUCUGAACCGCAGUGAGGACCUCAGACAGCAGCAGCUCCAAAGCGCCGUUUGUUCAGCACACCUUCAACUACAGGAGUGUGUAAGAGCCAGAGGGGAGGAGUUUGUGAAAUCACUGGCUUCUCUGACAGACAAUCUGCUCCAUCAGCUGGACAACCUGUUUACAGCUGCAGAUACUGAGGCAGCGCUGAUACACGAGCACUCUGAAGAAAGCAAUGUAACCUUGGAGACAGGAGAUGAAACAGGACAGAAACUUUGCUCAGAGAGCAGGACUGUCUCUGGUACCCCAUACCUGAUGCCUCCUACUGACAGCACAGCUGACCCGCCAAGUGCUACCAUAGCAACAACAGCAUCCAUCAGCACAACCAGGUGCACCUCCGUGCAUGUGGCUGUUAUUGAACGGAGAGAUGCUGCUGUGAAGAGGCUUGAGCAGCUGUUAAAGUCGGAGUCAUCAUGUUCAGACGACGACAAAGGAAGACAACUGAGUGAACUACAGAGGUGGAGCACACAAUGGAAACAGCAGAUACACAGUCUAAAACACACACAUUGAUACACACACUGGCACACACUGACACUUGGAAGCAGACAUAAGAACAUCUGAACUCCACUAUACACACAAACUUCUCUUAAUGAUUAAACACAUCAGCCACACGUCUGCUGAAAAUGUGGAUGUCUUCUUAUUCCUCACUGUUUUAGUAACUUGUGAUAAAACACAAGUAACUUUAAUAGAGAGUAUACAUGCAGGAUGUGGAGGAGGAAGCUGGAGAAGUUGGUUGAGGAAUAAUUUAGUGUUUCAAUGUUGAAGAUUUACACUGUGAACACAUCAACAUAGUAAACAUGAAAGGAUGUCUCCCGCGAGGCUGUUUAUGUGGAACUUCAUCACUUGAUACCUUUGCAUCAGCUACUCCAUGUGUCUACUCUUUUCUCUUGAAGAUGUUUCCUUAACCGGUGGCCUGGUAGUUAGUAGUUCACCCCAUGUUUUCGGAGGCUGUGGUCCUCCAAGCGGGCGGCCCGAGUUCAGGUCCCGCCUGUGUCUCCUUUCCCACAUGUUGUUCCCCACUCAAGCUUUCACUAAUUUCCGUCUCUGUCCACUUUCCUCUCUAAAUAAAGGCUUAAGGCUUUAAAAUAAAAAAGCAGAGAUGUGUAUUUCAGUGAAGUACUGUACUGUAGUAUAAAUUCAAGUAGUUCCAUUUUGAUUGACCUUCAUGCUUUAUGUUUCUUUAUUACAGGUUUUCAUACCGUUUCAGUCCAGGGCUUGACUGACUCUUGAUUAACUCUUUUAACGAAAUAACAUGGCUGUUUUGAUAAGAGUAUAAACAUUCCUUAACUUAUUAAAAUACUUGGAUUUUACGCGACUGAGAUGCUACAAACUCAAAAUGAUCUUAACUAUGAUGCAUUGCUUACAGACCUACAUCAUUAAGGAAGAUAAGCACGACCGAAAUCUUAGACAUCCCUAAUUAAAAAACUCAUUUAGCACAUUUUCAACUGAUUGAACUGAAAACUAUUACCUUGAGAGAUUUUAAAUAUUUAUUAUUGUUUAAAUUCUUUUGAACUAAUUCAUUUCUUAAUGAUUGUGCAGUAUUGUUGUUUCCGUUCUGCUAAUUGUGUUUCUGGUUUAUUGAAAACUGGAGAUGAAUUUAAGCCUUCUGGAAUAAAAUACAGAAAGCAUAUUUUUCAUUACAUUGUGUUCUAAAAACAUUUGACUCAAAUGAUACCUUUAUUUCCCUAAAGGUUCAUUUGUAGCCACAAACAACACUUUUCACAGCUGACACAAGAACCCUUGUC